AUUACUUCAACUCGUGCUCCAAACGUUCUUCAAUCCUCACUCAACUUUCGAUCACACUCCUCGAGGCGUGAUCUUGUAAAACCGUCAAAAUUUUCGCCACACACCUUAACUCGUGAGUCCCGCCUCCCCUCGGUUUCCAGCGAUGCCCCUAUCUCCCGUCUCCAAGAAGAGCCAUUGGACCUUCCCUCUAGCUAUUUCUCGAGCAACACUGCUUCCCGCAUCUUCCCCAGCAACCCAUGAUGCUGACUUGUUCUCCUUUCUAGGCGGCACCACCCGUUCAACGGCCGGCGCUCAUCCAACCGUGGUGGGUCACCGGACGACGCAUUAUACGUCCAGUAAACACUUCAAUCCGAAUAUCGCAUUCUGCCAUAGCAUUUGUUCCCAAGCCAAUCUCAAUUGAACACAAUGGCUCCCCACGCUAACUCGGAUGUUGCUGCCAAUGGCGCCGUGAACGGGUCCGCUCGUGCCAACGCUCCUUUGUUUACCGUCAACUCGCCCAACGUCGUGUACACCGACAACGAGAUCAAGAGUCAGUAUGCUUACCAUACCACCGACAUCACCCGUACUGCCGACAACAAGCUUGUGGCCACCCCCAAGUCCACCACCUACCACUUCAAGGUCGACCGCAAGGUCGGAAAGGUGGGUAUCAUGAUGGUCGGCUGGGGCGGUAACAAUGGUUCCACCGUGACUGCUGGUCUCAUUGCCAACCGCCGUGGUCUCGAGUGGGAGACUCGCGAGGGUGUUCGCGCCUCCAACUACUACGGGUCCAUGGUCAUGGGUUCCACCAUCAAGCUGGGCUCUGACGCCAAGACCGGCGAGGAGAUCAACAUUCCUUUCCACGACAUGCUGCCGAUGGUUCACCCCAACGAUCUUGUCGUGAGUGGCUGGGAUAUCAGCAGCAUGGACCUUGCCGAUGCCAUGGACCGGGCCCAGGUUCUUGAGCCUACCCUCAAGCAGCUGGUCCGCAAGGAGAUGGCCGAGCUGAAGCCGCUACCCAGUAUUUACUACCCGGACUUUAUCGCUGCCAACCAGGAGGACCGGGCUGACAAUGUGCUCGAGGGCUCCAAGGCAUGCUGGGCUCAUGUUGAGAAGAUCCAGAAGGAUAUCCGCGACUUCAAGUCCCAGAACGGCCUGGACAAGGUCAUUGUGAUGUGGACUGCCAACACGGAGCGUUAUGCAGACAUCUUGCCCGGCGUCAAUGACACGGCCGACAAUCUUCUCACUGCCAUCAAGGAUGGUCACUUGGAGGUGUCCCCGUCUACAGUGUUCGCCGUGGCCUGUAUUCUGGAUAAUGUUCCCUUCAUCAACGGAUCUCCCCAGAACACGUUCGUGCCCGGUGCUAUCCAGUUGGCCGAGAAGCACAAGGCGUUCAUUGGCGGUGACGACUUCAAGUCGGGCCAGACCAAGAUGAAGUCUGCUCUGGUUGACUUUUUGAUCAACGCGGGCAUCAAGCUCACGUCGAUUGCCAGCUACAACCACCUGGGCAACAACGAUGGCAAGAACCUGAGCUCGCAGAAGCAGUUCCGGUCUAAGGAGAUCUCCAAGUCGAACGUGGUGGACGACAUGGUGGCGGCCAACCAUAUCCUGUAUGAGAAGGACGAGCACCCGGACCACACGGUGGUGAUCAAGUACAUGCCUGCGGUGGGUGACAACAAGCGGGCGCUCGAUGAAUACUACGCGGAGAUCUUCAUGGGUGGACACCAGACGAUCAGUCUGUUCAACAUCUGCGAGGACUCGCUGCUGGCAUCGCCUCUGAUCAUCGACCUGGUGGUGAUUGCGGAGUUGAUGACGCGUGUCACCUGGAAGGCUGACGAGGCGACCGAGUACAAGGGCUUCCACAGUGUGCUCAGCGUGUUGAGCUACAUGUUAAAGGCUCCGUUGACUCCUCCUGGAACUCCGGUGGUGAACUCGCUGGCCAAGCAGCGCAAUGCCUUGACCAACAUCUUCCGCGCGUGCGUUGGACUGCAGCCCGAGUCGGAGAUGACCUUGGAGCACAAGCUGUUCUAAUCAUCCUUCUCCUAUCUGCUAUCAUUCGUCUGAGACAUUCUUAGACUAUCCAUAGCCAACUACCGUCACUCCUUAAUACUAUCAAUUACAUUGAUCAAUUGACUUUGACACAUUCAUCUUGUUCGUAGAUAAAACACACUGCAUUAAACUGCCCAUCCUAUUAUCUGCAACACAUCUACUCAUUCGUCUUCCCCAAGUCUGAAUAGGCAUUCAACGCCAACUGUCCACCCAAAUGCGCAAACAAAAUAUUCCCUUCAAUCUCCCCCCUCUUCACCAAAUCCAUCAACCCCGCAAAACUCUUCCCCUCAUAGACCGGAUCCGUGAUAAACGCCUCCGUCUUCGCCGCAAACUCAAUCGCCUCCC